CCCUGAACCAAACGCACCCCAAAAGUUAAGAAUAUUUUCUAUUCGAGUUCGAUUUUCGACUUUCAAUCAGAGAGAGCGAUCCAUGGCGUCUCGUGACAAGAAACCAGCGAAGCCAUCGACUAGCCGAACCGGCAACGUACGAACCCUCUCCGAUCUAAACCGGAGGACUGGACCUGAUUCCGAUUCCGACUCCGAUGGUCCUCAAGAAUACUACACUGGCGGUGAAAAAAGUGGUAUGCUUGUUCAAGAUCCUUCAAAGGGUAAUCCUAAUGAUGUUGAUGCAAUUUUCAAUCAAGCUAGGGAACUGGGAGCCGUAGAAGGGCCUCCUGAACAUCUUCAUCCAUCGUCAAGCUCAAGGAGCUUUACUGGAACUGGUAGAUUGCUCUCAGGGGAAAGUGUACAAUCUGCACCUCAGCAGCCUGAGCCUGUCUUUCACAACAUUGUUUUUUGGACUAAUGGUUUUACUGUAAAUGAUGGCCCUUUGAGAAGGUUGGAUGAUCCUGAAAAUGCAUCUUUCUUAGAGAGCAUCAGAAAGUCUGAGUGUCCAAAAGAGCUAGAACCUGCCGAUAGAAGGUCCUCAGUUCAUGUCAAUCUGAUAAAGAAGGAUGUGAAAUGCCCGGAACAAGAGAAGCACCAUGUUCCAUUUCAGGGUGUGGGUAGAACUUUAGGUAGUACCAGUACUCCAGCAGCAUCUGAACCAACUGUUGGUUCCACUCCUCCUGACACUGCUCAAAUCCCUAGUGGGGGUCUGUUUGUGGAUGACAAGCUACCAUCAACAUCAAUUCAGAUUAGGUUGGCUGAUGGUACCCGCAUGGUAUCACAAUUCAAUCUCCACCAUACAAUCAAUGACAUUCAUGCUCACAUUGAUGUAUCUGGACCUGGGAAUGCAAGAAAUUAUCAACUCCAGAUGAUGGGAUUCCCCCCAAAAGUUCUUGCGGACCGAUCUCAGACAAUAGAGCAGGCUGGCCUUGCCAAUUCAGUGGUUCUCCAGAAAUUCUAAUUAAGCUCUAUGCUCUACUGCCACUCUCUACUGCUUAUUUAAUGGAACAUAUAUUCAAACUUAAAUGACUGUCUACUACUUGUAUACAAAGAGAAGGGUUUUAGUGACUGGUUAAUGAGGUUGAUUCUUAUGUUUGUCACAAUACAAUAUCGUUUUGUUUUUUCUCGCUAGAAUCCUUACAUCCUCAAAA